AUGUUUGCUUGCGCUCCUUUGCGUAGGAGUAUUUCAUCAAAGGCUGCUCCUUCCCAUCGCUGUGUGGACAGCAUGGUGCAGAAGUUAAGCACACAAGUAUUGGUGGUGUGGGUGGGCCAAAUCACCAAAACGUGGAUUGACAAUGGAGAACCAAUGAGUGAAGAGCAAAGUGUUGGCAGGGGAAAACAUAGGCAACACAUUUCUGCUUGUGUGGAAAUCCAGCAGACAUACACAUGUCAGGAGACCUCUCCUCUUCCACAUUCAAUUGCGCCUAUCUCGACUCGGCAAGGGGUAUCGACUUCUACAAUGUAA